GUUAGGACCUCGGAGAGCGCCGGGCGCCGCGACCAGAGGAACCGGAGAAGCGGCCCCAGUCGGGAGGGACUGACGCCUGCUAGCCCGCCUCCCUCCGCACCUUCAGCUUCUCGGGCUGGCUGGCACCUAGUGGCGGCCGAGGAAGUUUUUAAAAUGAAGAAGUUUAAUUUCCGAAAAGUUUUGGACGGCUUAACUGCCUCCUCCCCUGGCAGUGGUAGCAGCAGUGGCAGUAACAGCGGUGGUGGGGCUGGAAGUGGUUCCGUGCACCCAGGAGGGACUGCAGGGGUUCUCAAAGAGGAGAUUCAGGAAACCCUGACUUCAGAGUAUUUCCAGAUUUGCAAGACAGUUCGGCAUGGUUUUCCUUAUCAGCCCACAGCAUUAGCCUUUGAUCCAGUUCAGAAAAUCUUGGCUAUUGGGACAAGAACAGGUGCUAUACGAAUACUCGGGAGACCUGGAGUUGAUUGUUAUUGCCAACAUGAAAGUGGUGCAGCAGUCCUGCAGCUCCAGUUCUUGAUCAAUGAGGGUGCCUUGGUUAGUGCGAGUUCAGAUGAUACACUUCAUUUAUGGAACCUUAGACAAAAAAGGCCAGCUAUUCUUCAUUCUCUUAAAUUUAAUCGAGAACGAAUUACUUACUGUCAUCUACCUUUCCAGAGUAAAUGGCUCUAUGUUGGAACAGAAAGAGGAAAUACACAUAUUGUAAAUAUUGAAUCUUUCAUUCUUUCUGGAUAUGUUAUCAUGUGGAACAAGGCAAUUGAGCUAUCCACAAAGACUCAUCCAGGUCCAGUUGUACAUUUAAGUGAUAGCCCAAGAGAUGAAGGGAAAUUGCUGAUAGGUUAUGAAAAUGGUACUGUAGUAUUCUGGGACUUGAAAUCUAAAAGAGCAGAACUGAGAGUUUAUUAUGAUGAGGCUAUUCAUUCAAUUGAUUGGCAUCAUGAGGGCAAACAAUUCAUGUGCAGCCAUUCAGAUGGUAGCUUGACUUUAUGGAACCUGAAAAGCCCAAGUCGUCCUUUCCAGACUACAAUUCCACAUGGAAAAAGUCAAAGAGAAGGAAGAAAAUCUGAGUCUUGUAAGCCAAUUCUUAAAGUAGAAUACAAGACCUGUAGAAACAGUGAACCAUUCAUAAUAUUUUCUGGUGGAUUGUCCUAUGACAAAGCUUGCAGAAGACCAAGUUUAACCAUCAUGCAUGGAAAAGCAAUUACAGUGCUUGAAAUGGAUCAUCCUAUUGUUGAAUUCCUUACUUUAUGUGAAACGCCCUAUCCAAAUGAAUUUCAAGAACCUUAUGCUGUUGUAGUACUUCUGGAGAAAGAUCUCAUUGUAGUUGAUCUGACACAAAGCAAUUUUCCAAUCUUUGAAAAUCCAUAUCCCAUGGACAUUCAUGAAUCACCAGUUACAUGCACAGCAUACUUUGCUGAUUGCCCACCAGAUCUGAUUCUAGUACUCUACUCUAUAGGAGCCAAGCAUAAAAAACAAGGAUACAGUAAUAAGGAGUGGCCAAUCAGUGGAGGAGCCUGGAACCUUGGAACACAAACAUAUCCAGAAAUUAUUAUUACUGGUCAUGCAGAUGGAUCAAUAAAAUUUUGGGAUGCUUCGGCAAUAACUCUGCAGAUGCUGUAUAAGCUAAAAACUUCAAAAGUGUUUGAAAAACAGAAGGUAGGAGAAGGAAAACCAACAUGUGAAAUUGUAGAGGAAGAUCCAUAUGCCAUUCAGAUGAUUUACUGGUGUCCAGAGAGCAGAAUAUUCUGUGUAUCAGGAGUCUCUGCAUAUGUCAUAAUUUAUAAAUUCAGCAGACAUGAAAUUACAACAGAAAUAGUGUCAUUAGAGGUACGACUUCAGUAUGAUAUUGAAGAUAUUACAACCCCAGAACCAGAAACAAGUCCUCCGUUUCCAGAUCUCUCAUCUCAGCUUCCUUCAAGGAGUCUUUCUGGAAGUACUAACACUGUGGCUAGUGAAGGAGGAACAAAGGACAGUAUCCCAUGCCUCAAUGUUAAGACACGACCAGUGAGGAUGCCUCCAGGGUACCAAGCAGAACUUGUUAUUCAGUUGGUGUGGGUGGAUGGUGAGCCUCCCCAACAGAUUACAAGUCUUGCUGUAAGCUCAGCAUAUGGAAUAGUUGCAUUUGGGAACUGCAAUGGGUUGGCUGUGGUGGAUUUUAUACAGAAGACAGUACUGUUAAGCAUGGGGACCAUUGACCUAUAUAGAUCAAGUGACCUAUACCAACGUCAACCACGGUCUCCUCGAAAAAACAAGCAGUUCAUUGCAGACAACUUUUGCAUGCGUGGCCUGUCUAACUUUUAUCCUGAUUUAACGAAACGGAUCCGUACUUCCUAUCAGAGUUUAACUGAGCUAAAUGAUAGUCCCAUUCCCCUGGAACUUGAGCGCUGCAAGUCUCCCACUUCAGGACUUGCUACCAGAACUCCUGAGGCAGCACCAGGCUUGUAUAGGAAUGAAAUACCAGCUGUGAGACAGAGGAAUCAAGCACAUCACUUGCCAGAUCAUGUAAACGGACACUGCACAAGUCCAACCUCUCAGAGUUGCAGUUCUGGAAAACGUCUGUCUAGUGCUGAUGUUUCAAAAGUAAAUCGCUGGGGUCCUGGAAGACCACCAUUUCGGAAAGCACAAUCAGCUGCUUGCAUGGAAAUUUCUUUACCAGUCACAGCAGAAGAAAGCCGAGAGAAUUCCUAUAAUCGUUCUAGAAGUUCGAGCAUCUCCAGUAUUGACAAAGAUUCUAAAGAAGCAAUUACAGCACUAUACUUCAUGGAGUCUUUUGCUCGGAAAAAUGACUCUACAGUCUCCCCUUGUUUGUUUGUUGGAACUAGUCUGGGAAUGGUGUUAAUCAUCUCCCUGAACCUACCUUCAGCAGAUGAACAAAGAUUUACAGAACCAGUCAUGGUAUUUCCAAGUGGUACAUUCCUCUCGCUGAAAGGAGCUGUGCUAACAUUCUCCUGUAUGGACCGAACUGGUGGAUUAAUGCAACCGCCAUAUGAAGUUUGGAGGGAUCCAAACAACAUAGAUGAAAAUGAAAAAUCUUGGAGAAGGAAACUGAUCAUGAACUACCCCUCUCCAUCCCAAGAAACAGGAGAUCAUCAGUAUACAGUAAUCUGCUCAGAAAAACAAGCCAAAGUCUUCUCACUGCCUUCUCAGACUUGUCUUUAUGUUCAUAACAUCACGGAGACAUCUUUUAUACUGCAAGCAGACGUGGUGGUCAUGUGUAACAGUGCCUGCUUGGCAUGCUUUUGUGCCAAUGGGCAUAUCAUGAUAAUGAGCCUACCUAGUCUUCGCCCAAUGUUGGAUGUUAAUUAUUUGCCACUGACAGACAUGAGGAUAGCACGGACAUUUUGUUUUACCAAUGAAGGCCAAGCGUUAUACCUCGUCUCUCCUACUGAAAUUCAGCGGUUAACAUACAGCCAAGAGAUGUGUGAUAAUCUACAGGACAUGCUAGGAGAUUUGUUUAUUCCCAUAGAGACACCAGAAGCUCAAAAUAGAGGCUUUCUCAAGGGACUCUUUGGUGGAAGUGGACAGACAUUUGACAGAGAAGAGCUCUUUGGGGAAGCUUCAGCAGGAAAAGCAUCGCGCAGCCUUGCACAACACAUUCCUGGCCCAGGUGGUAUAGAAGGGAUGAAAGGUGCGGCCGGAGGGGUGAUGGGAGAGCUGACUCGAGCCCGGAUCGCACUUGAUGAGAGAGGACAGAGGCUAGGAGAGCUGGAGGAGAAAACUGCAGGCAUGAUGACCAGUGCGGAAGCAUUUUCCAAACAUGCACAUGAGUUAAUGCUGAAAUAUAAGGAUAAGAAAUGGUACCAAUUCUAAACUUCUAAAGAAGCUGUUGACUGCUUUGAGAAACCAUUAUUCAGGGAAACCAAAUUUAUUCCCAGCAUCACUAUUCAACUUGCUAGAAGCCAGUUUCUUCUACAAAAUGUUCCAUUACAGUCCAUCUGAAGUUAUCAUAAGGGAAAUUUAUUAGAGACACCGUAUAACCCAAAGGCUGGAAACCUGGUUAAAAUCCCAAGACAUGGCUGAAUUUGCCUUUUCCCAGCGUGGAAUGGAGCUAUCAUCUUGGCAUGUCAUUUGCUAAGGAUUUACAUUUAGGAACUACGGGGAGUCCUGCUGAUUUGAAAAAAUCCUGUACAAACAAAAGCAUUAAUGCACUUAAUGAAAAAAAAUCUUUGCAUGAUAAAUUAACAUCUUAAGAGGAAAAGAAAAAAAAAACAAGCAUGUUGUGA